AUGCUAAUGCACCUCCUCAUUAUCCAUUUUCUUGCAGCAGUGACACAAUUUCUUACUGGGGUCUUUGUAAAUGGCUUCAUCGUGGUGGUGAAUGUGGUGGACUUCAUCAGGCAGAGACAAAUGGCUCCUCUGGAUCUGCUCACUUCCUGCCUGGCGAUUUCCAGGAUUUGUCUCCAGUUGCUCAACCUCCUUGUGCACUUGGUUCUUCUCUCCUUCAUGAAAGAUUCAGUACUUGCUGAGCUUCAUAUUCUUUUCAUAUUUGUAAAUAUUUGGGGCCUUUGGUUGGCCACGUGGCUGGGUGUUUUCUACUGCACCAAGAUCGCCACCAUCCCGCACCCACUGUUCUUCUGGCUGAAGAUGAGGAUUUCCAAGUUGGUGCCCUGGCUGAUCCUGGGGUCUACGCUGUACGUGUCUGUCAGUACUGGCAUCCAGGCAAAACCUGCAUGGACUAUUACCCAAGAAUUUUUGGUCAACUUUUUCUCCAAAAAUGCAACGCAGAUCAAAGGAAUAGACAUUGUAUCACUUUCUAUUUUGAUUUUUCAUAUUACGGUGCCAUUAAUUAUCUUCCUCAUUGCUGCUCUGCUCUUGAUUUUCUCCCUGGGGAGACAUGCCCAGCAGAUGAGAACCAUUGAUGUGGGAAUCCGGGACCCCCGCAGGGGCGCCCCCAUCAGGGCAGUGCUGUCCAUCCUGUCCUUCCUAAUCCUCUACUCCUCCCACUACAUGGUAACCAUAUUGUUCUUUUUUCAAGUAUUGCAGUUUGGAAGCUUCCUUUUUGCCUUCUGCACCUUGGUGGGUGGCACUUACCCAUCUGUACACUCUGUCAUCUUAGUUUUAGGGAACUCUAAACUGAAAGAAAAUGCAAAGAAGUUCCUGCUCUGUGCAUUUCUCAACAUCCACAGCCUCCUACUCAGACCAAGGGAGCAGCUGUCUAGUGGCCCCAUGAAGCCAGAACCGAGCCCGGGGUCGGGGGUGGGCGGGCCUAAGAGUGAUGCCCAGGUCUUUGCAGGAGAACGCCACUGUCACCUGGACCGUGCUAAUCUGCUGAAAGGCCAGGCAGUCUACUACCCAUGGUCAACCAACAUCCCAAAAUAUGAAGUGGAAAAUUCCAUUGCUGAACAAGUCACAGGUUUUAAAUGGCACACCGUUCUGGAGAGACACCGUGCGCAGGAUGCAAAUCAUCUCUCUGUCCAGCGUGUCCAUGCUGUAUACAGCAUCCACUCAGGUCUUGGUGAGCAGGUCUGCUGUGACUGUUCCAAGGAGAUUGUUACAGGACUCAGUAAUGGUUGCAAAGCACGAGAAUAG